CUCAGUGCUUUGUUUGACACAAGCGGACGUGGAGUCCCACUGAGAGAGCCUCGCGCGUAACCCGCGCAGCCCCUUAGGCGCGUUUCAUGGAGAUCUACGGAUGACAAGACCUGCGCGCCGCGGGUUACUCUCAGCAUCUACAGGGAUCUCUACUGCGGAACAUGGCGAGGGGGAUGAGAGGAGCUCAUCUCCUCGCUCUAUUUUUCACCUUGUCGACAGCGCUUUUCGGGGACGCAAAUGGACAAGAAACCCUUAAUGACUUAACAGGUUUUAGUUUGAGUCCCCCGUAUUUCAACCUCGCCGAGGGCUCCGGUAUCUCCGCCACGGCAACAUGCGGUCAGGAUGAGGCUGGGACACCGAGAUAUGAUUUAUACUGUAAGCUUGUCGGCGGACCGAACAUCGGACUUCCUACUCAAAAUAUACAGGGUCAGUUCUGUGAUUACUGCAACUCCGUUGAUCCAAACAAAGCCCACCCGGUGACCAGCGCCAUUGAUGGGACUGAGCGGUGGUGGCAGAGCCCUCCUCUCUCCAGAGGGCUGGGGUACAACGAGGUGAAUGUUACCCUGGACCUUGGGCAGCUCUUCCAUGUGGCAUAUGUCCUCAUCAAGUUUGCUAACUCACCUCGUCCUGACCUGUGGGUGCUAGAGCGAUCUUUGGACAACGGGAGAACCUUCACUCCUUGGCAGUAUUUUGCACAUUCAAAGCACGAGUGUAUUGAAAGAUUUGGAAAGCGGCCCAAUGCUCGUCUAUUAAAUGAUGAUGACCAGAUCUGCACCACAGAGUACUCACGGAUUGUGCCUUUGGAGAAUGGAGAGAUUGUGGUGUCUUUGGUCAAUGGUCGGCCAGGGUCCAAAAACUUCACCUACUCACCAGUGCUGCGAGAUUUCACAAAGGCCACCAACAUCCGCCUACGAUUCCUCCGCACCAGCACCCUGCUGGGCCACCUCAUCUCCAAGACCCAGAGAGACCCCACUGUCACACGCAGGUACUACUAUAGUAUCAAAGACAUUAGCAUCGGUGGACGCUGCGUUUGUCAUGGCCAUGCACAGGUGUGUGGUGGGGGACGUAAGCCAGACAACCCAAACAGACUCCAGUGUGAGUGCCAACACAACACUUGCGGUGAGUCAUGUGACCACUGCUGCCCAGGCUUUCACCAGAAACCAUGGCGUGCUGCAACUGUCAAUAGCCCAAACGAGUGUCAGCCCUGCCAGUGUUUCUCCCAUGCAUUUGACUGUUAUUACGACCCAGAGGUGGAAAAGAGGGGAGCAAGUUUAGACACCUUCGGCAGGUACGACGGAGGGGGAGUGUGCAUCAACUGCCAGCACAACACUGCUGGAGUGAACUGUGAGCGAUGCCUUGAAGGCUUCUACAGACCUUAUGGAGUACCUCCUGAGUCUCCCAGUGGAUGCAUACCCUGCAGGUGUGAUGAAAGGACUAUAGCUGGCUGUGAAAUGGGGUCUGGAAGGUGUAUCUGCAAGCCACAAUUUGCUGGAGAAAACUGUGAUCGAUGUGCUGACGGAUACUAUUACUACCCUCAGUGCAUUAGAUAUCCCAUAUACCCGGCGACCACCAAAUCCCCUGCAGGUCCUUUUGUGGAGCCCACCGCCUGCCCUCCAGGUUAUUUCGGCUCACCAAACUGUCAGCAGUGUGUAUGUGACUACAGAGGGACAGUGUAUGGGGUGUGUGAUGCUUCAGGGCGCUGCCUGUGCCGUCCGGGUGUGGAGGGGGAGCGAUGCGACCGCUGUCGACCUGGAUACCACUCCUUCCCAAACUGCCAGGCGUGUCUCUGUGAUGGGGCUGGUGUGGCUGACAGUGUCUGCGGUCCAAGUCGUCGGUGUAUUUGCCUGCCCAACUAUGGGGGGCAGGAGUGUGAUGAAUGUGCACCAGGCUACUAUGGAUACCCAGACUGUGCUGCCUGCCGAUGUUCACCUGAAGGCUCACAUGGAAACAUAUGCAACCCACUGUCGGGUCAGUGCCUGUGUCUGUCAGGGGUAGUGGGCCAGCAGUGUGACCGCUGUGCCUCUGGACUCACGUUCCCCCAGUGCUCGGCCUCCAUUAGUCAGUGCAAUGUGGCAGGAACUGAGUUCACUGAUCCUCAAACGGGCUCCUGCCACUGCCUACCACACGUAGAGGGAACCCUGUGCAACAGGUGUAAACCUCUCUACUGGAAUUUGGUUACAGACAACCCUCGUGGUUGUAUAGAGUGUCGGUGUGAUUUGAAAGGGACACUGAGUGGUGUCGGAGAGUGUGAACAGAAAAGCGGACAGUGUCACUGUAAGCCAAAUGCAUGUGGACAUUCGUGUGACUCCUGUGAGGAUGGGUACUUUAUGCUGCAGAAAAAGUAUUAUUUUGGUUGUCACGGUUGUCAGUGUGAUGUCGGCGGUGCCAUCGGCAUGGCGUGUCAUGAGAUAUCUGGAAACUGUCAGUGUCGGAAGAAUAUUGUUGGCCCUAAAUGCACUGAGCCAGCACCAAGCUACUACUUUCCUACUUUGCACCAACUGAAGUUUGAAAUUGAGGAUGGCACCAGGCCAAAUGCCAGACCGGUACGAUUUGGGUAUGACCCUCAAGAGUUCCCAGACUUCAGCUGGAGAGGUUAUGCUAUUAUGUCCCCUGCACAGAGUGAAGUCAGAGUAAUAGUGCAUGUUGACCCAAAAGAAGGGAGUCAGCACUUAUUCCGUGUGGUUCUGCGGUUCAUUAACCCCAGCGGCACCAGUGUGACUGGUAGCAUCAAGGCUACCAGCAACAGAGGCAAUGCAGGGUCAGAUGAGAGUAAGGAAGUAAUAUUCCCUGAGAGUCGCUCCCCAUCCUUCCUCACUGUCCCAGGAGAGGGCUUUGCUGAGCCCUUUGCUUUGACUCCUGGGAAAUGGAUCAUUCAUAUAAGGGCGGAGGGGGUACUGCUGGACUAUUUAGUGCUGCUGCCAAGGGAUUACUAUGAGGCUCCGCUGCUACAGGAAAAGAUCACCCAGCCCUGCACAUACCUACCUAACGCAAACAGCAACACAAACUGUCUACUGUAUAAGCAUGUGGCCAUGGAUGGCUUUAGCUCUGCGCUGGGCUCUCAGGGAAGACUCUCCAGGCGCAGCGGGCGCAGGAGGAGGCAGGCUCGUGUACGGCGUCCCACCCCAGAUCACCCUGAGAUGGCUGCUCUCAAUGGCAGACAGUCUCAGCUUCAGCUCAGUCUGCGCGUGCCUCGCUCUGGCCCAUACGCCCUUGUCCUGGAGUAUGCCAGUGAAAUGGAUACUGUCCAGAAUGUCAAUAUACUCAUCAGUGGCCGGCUAGAUGGCCAGAUUCCGGCCAGGGCUAAUAUUUACAGUUGUGCCUACAGCUUUUUGUGCCGGAGUGUGGCAGUGGACAGCAGUAAUCAGGUGGCGGUAUUACAGCUUACUCAUAAGACAGAACUUGUCCUGCAAACUUCCACAACCUCAUUCCUGCUGUACAAAGUGUAUGCAGUGCCUGUAGAAGAGUUCUCAAUUGAGUAUGUAGAACCCAAGGUGCUCUGUGUCUCCACGCACGGCCGCUUCGGCGAAGACAGACGGCACUGUGUUCUGAGGCAGUUCGACAAGCCAACCUCAGCCUGGAUUUUGUAUGCGGCCCGUGAUGGUGAGUUAUCAUCUGCAGCAGCUGUUGCUCCCCAGCGAGAGGACAAGGGGGAUUGGAGAUGGAGACGACAGACCGGGUUGUUUCCCCUCCGUGAUCCACAGAGUGAUGGGAUACUGCUUAAAUUCCCUCAGACGGAGAUCAAUUUCACUCCCAGGGUGCCCCUCCCGGGCAGGUAUGUGGUUUUGGUCCAUUAUCACCAGCCAGAGCAUACCUCCUUCCCCGUGGAGGUCCGAGUGGACGCAGGGCAUGACUGGAAGGGUUCAAUAAAUGCAUCCUUCUGCCCUGCGGUCUCAGGCUGCAGGGAGGUUGUCAUCGCUGAAGGACGCAUUGCCCUUGACUUGGACCAGAAUUCUUGGAGGCUGCCCACCAUCUCUGUGAUCGUGCCAACUAGGAAGACCUUUAUUCUGGAUUAUAUCUUGUUGGUUCCUGAUAGCAGUUACACCCCAGAUCUCCUGAGAGAGAAGCCGCUGGAUAACUCUGCAGAUUUCAUACAGCAAUGUCGAGGAGAAGGGUUCUAUAUUGACCAGAGAACUUCCUCCCAGUUCUGCAGAAACUCUGCCCGCUCUCUCGUAGCGGCUUACAAUGAUGGAGCUCUGGCUUGCAACUGUGAUACAUCCGGCUCCACAGGGUCUACUUGCAAUCCAGUUGGAGGACAGUGUCCCUGCAGGCAGCACAUCAUUGGUCGACAGUGCACGAAAUGUGCCACUGGUUACUAUGGCUUCCCCUACUGCAGACCGUGUGAGUGCGGUCGCCGACUGUGUGACGAGGUGACGGGACGCUGUAUCUGCCCUCCUCAGACUGUCAAACCAGCCUGUAAUGUGUGUCAGAAUCAGACUUUCAACUACCACCCUUUGCUGGGCUGCGAGGGCUGUGAGUGCUCUCCAAAUGGCAUCAACGCCGAUGCAGGACCUGACUGUGAACACAUCACUGGACAGUGCAGUUGCAAGCCUAGGAUUGGGGGCCGCCAGUGUGAUCGCUGUGCCGCAGGUUACUAUGGCUUCCCUGACUGUGUACCUUGUAACUGUAAUCAAGGUGGUGUCACGCCUGACGUGUGCCACGCAGACACAGGGAGGUGUCUCUGCAGGAGAAAUGUGGCUGGUGUCAGGUGUGAUACCUGUCGGGAAGGUUCCUUCUACUUUGACCCCUCGAACCCUCAUGGCUGUUUCAGCUGCUUCUGCUUCGGAGCCACUGACCAGUGUCAGAGCUCCAGCAAACGCAGGGGGAAGUUUGUUGAGAUGCGAGGCUGGCGUUUGGAAAGGGCUGACCAGGAGGAGGUUCCCUCCGUGCUGAACACAGCCAGUAAUACGGUGGUGGCAGACAUUCAGGAGCUUCCUCCUACAGUUCAGACUCUACACUGGGUGGCACCACAGUCCUACCUGGGAGACAGGGUUACAUCUUAUGGUGGUUUCCUUACCUACCAGUCCAAAUCCUUUGGGAUUCCCAGCGAGGGGAUGACUCUGAUGGAAAGAAGACCUGAUGUUGUGCUGACUGGCCAGGAUAUGACCCUGAUCCACAUGGCUCCGCAGGUCCCACUUCCAGACAGGCUGUAUCAGGGCAGAGUCCACCUUGUGGAGGGAAACUGGCGCCAUGCUAUCACCAACAGGCCUGUGUCCAGAGAGGAACUCAUGAUGGUCCUAGCUGGUCUGGUGGGCCUGAGGAUCCGAGCUUUGUACUUUACUCAGAGCCAGCGGCUAAGCGUGGGGGAGGUGGGCUUGGAGGAGGCAUCUAACAUGGGGACCGGGGGUCAUGGACACACUGUGGAGCAUUGUUCCUGCCCCCCUGAGUACACUGGAGAUUCCUGUGAGAAAUGUGCUCCUGGUUUCUACAGAGAUGGCAGCGGCCCUUACCUGGGCCGCUGUGUGCCCUGUGACUGCAACGGUCUGGCUGAUGAGUGUGAGGAGAGGACAGGGAGGUGCCUGGACUGUAAAUACAACACAGCUGGGGACCGAUGUGACCGUUGCAAAGAAGGUUACUAUGGAAACGCGGGUCAGAGGACAUGCAGAGUGUGCCCGUGCCCAUUCAGCGUGCCCACAAACAGUUUUGCAGUAGGUUGCAGAGAGGUGUCUGGAGACUACGAGUGUAUAUGCAGAUCAGGCUACACUGGAGACAGGUGUGACAGAUGUGCUCCGGGAUACUAUGGCGAUCCACUGACACCAGGAGGAAGUUGUCGGCCCUGUAAUUGCAAUGGCAAUGGUAACAACUGUGAUCCCCAGACUGGAGUUUGCAAGAACACACUGGAGCCGGGAGACACAAACACAGAUGAGCGCUGCCAAGAGUGUGACAGUUGUGCCCAGACGUUACUACAUGAUCUGGAGAAGCUGGAUGAUGAGCUGGGAAGGAUCAAGGCUCAGAUGAACAUCGCCACUGCCAGUGCCUCCUCUCAGGACAGGCUGAAGAAGCUGGAGAAGGCCGUGUCAGACACCAAGAUUCUUGUCAAAAAAUUCAACUCUGCCGUCAACAGCCAAAAGAACAGAGUCAAACAGCUGGAAGAGGACACGAUCACUCUUGCAGAUGACAUCAGCUCCCUCGAAGACAAGGCAGAUAAAAGGGCUGCUGAUGCUGACAAAGCAGUGGCAGAAGUCGAGAAAACCCACAAGAGGGCUAAGGAUCUGGACUCAGACAUUCAAAACAUGCUCAAGAAAAUCCAAGCUCUGCUUGACCAGCUGAAGGAGGCAGGCACCAGCGGUGAUAUGGUGCCCAAUGAAAGCCUGGCAAAAAUGCUUGAAGACGCUCAGCGCAUGGUGAGGGAGAUGGAGAACAGGAACUUCGCCCCUCAGAAGACAGCUGCCGAGAAAGAAAGGGACGAGGCCAAGAAAUUGCUUGACUACAUCAAGGCUAAUGUAAGUAGGCAGUGUGACCAGAACGAGGCUGCAGCAGAGAAGAUUCGAGGCCUUCUGAAAGAUUACGAAGCUAAGCUGAAGGACCUGGACAAGGCUCUGAAGGAGGCGGCGGACUUGGUGAAACAAGCCAAUGCUGAGAAUGGACUCAGUGCUCAGGCACUGGAAGAGCUGCAGAAACGUAUUGAAAACUUAAAAAAGGAGCAGAAGACUGUUGAAGACCAAAUGGCCAUGGCAGAGGACGAGCUGCAGAAAACUGAGGAUUUGUUGAAAAUGCUCACUGACAGUAAAACGGAGUACGAACAUCUGGCAGCACAGCUUGAUGGUGCCAAGACUGAUUUGACCAAGAAGGUGAAUGAGAUUUCCGCAGCAGCAGCCAAUGAGAAGAUCGUGGAGGCUGCAGAGGAACAUGCUAAGAAUCUUAACAAACUGGCAAAGGAACUUGAGGAUGCCGUGAAGAGUGCAAGUGGACACACUGAGGUGCGUAAAGCCAAAGACGCUAUUGAGGCCUACAAGAACAUCACGGAGGCCAUUAAUGCUGCUGAGGCAGCAGCUAAUGAGGCCAAAGAUGCAGCAGACAAUGCCUUGAACAAUGUAAAGAACCAGAAAAUCACACAAAGAGCGAAAGACCUGAAAGAGACUGGUGAUGACCUAUUGCAGAAUGCACGUGAGGCAAAGGAAAACCUUCAAGGUGCUACUGACAACCUUACUGACCUGAAGACACGCCUGAAGAACGCUGACAGGAAGAAGAAAACGCUUGAGAAAGACCUGCUUGAUGCGCAGAACCAAUUGAAUGACAUCAAGAGAGAUGACAUUGGUAACAUGAUUGAUGAAGCAAAAAGGAAGGCAGCUUCAGCCAAUGACACGUCCAGUAACACUAUGGACAAACUGAAUGCCAUGAGAAAGGAAAUUGACAAGAUCAGUGUCACUCCUGUGGACUCGAGCCUAAGCGGUGUAUUGGACAAUGUUGACCAGUCAGUGAAGGACUUACUGAAUGCCAUCCCAUCUCUGAAAAACAAGAUAUCAGAGGUGGAGAACUUGACCUCGCACUUCUCACCCAUUAGCAACAUAUCUGAGAACAUCAAGAAGAUCAAAGACCUCAUUGAACAAGCCCGGGAUGCAGCUAACAGGAUUGUGGUCCCAAUGAAGUUCACAGGUGUUGGCCACGUGGAGCUGCGUCCACCAAAGAAUCUGGAGGAUCUGAAGGCCUACACAGCCCUGUCUCUGUCGCUGCAGAGACCUGAAGGCAGAGGAGACGGAAGACGCAGACGCAGACAGACUAGAGGCAAAGACAUGUUUGUGCUCUACCUCGGCAAUAGAGAUUCUUCUAAGAACUACAUAGGUAUGGUUCUGAGGAACAACAUGCUGUACGGUGUGUACAAGCUCAACGGAGUCGAGUACGAGAUGGAAACGGGUUACAUCACAACGUCUUCAUCUGAGCCGGCCCAAUUCGAUAGAGUGGACCUAAACAGAAUUUACCAAGAUGCAGAGAUGAUCCUCACCAAAGAUAUCACCUCGAGUACUCCUGGUGAGCCAAUUAAGAGCAACAAUCGAGGAGAGGAGAACAAGAACCUCCUGGACCUCACCCCCGAUGAUAUUGUUUUCUAUGUCGGAGGCUACCCUGCCAACUUCACUCCACCAGCUUCUCUGAGCUACCCAAACUACAAGGGCUGCAUUGAGUUCUCCUCCUUUAAUGACAAAGUCAUCAGUCUCUAUAAUUUCCAAAGGGCAGAGAAAAUUAACUUGGAGACUCCAUGCAAGAGGUAUGUCCCGCCAAUGGAUUCAGAGUACUUUGAAGGCACUGGAUAUGGCAAAGUUACAGAUAGAAGACCUGUCUUCCUCAUCAGUAUGUCCAUCCUCACUCAUUCAGAAAAUGGUCUACUCUUAUACAUGGGAAGUGAGAGCAAAUACUUCACCGUAACACUGGAGAAGGGCUUCCUUGUUAUCCGCAGUAAUUUGCUCAAAGAACCAACGAUAGACAACAUGAAAAAAUUCCCGGCAACAGACUGGAGAGAUAUCCUUAUUGUCACAAGAAAUGGAGAAUUCAAAGUCCGCGUCACUGGUAACGACUUUCUCAAAGCCACAGCUGAGUACAACGAUGAGGACUUUAAAGACAUUUAUAUUGGUGGUGCACCACAAGCCUUGAGGGAAAGACAUAACAUCACCAUGCAACCAUUCAAGGGAUGCUUGAAGAAUCUUAAGCUGAAUAAUGUCUUUAAACCUCUGGAUGAGCAAGUGGGCGUCAGCAAAGGCUGCCCCAAGGAUUCCCUGGUUUCUCGUAAAGCAGAGUUCAGCUUGGGGGGCUCCCUGUCAGCCGAGCUCACAGGCUUUAGCCUGGCUAAUAAUGUAACUGUUUCUCUGGGAUUCAAGAGCACAGAGAAUCAGGGUGUCAUUCUACAGGACAAACAGCUGGCUAGUGGGAUUAAUCUUGCAUUGGAAAAUGGCCACGUGACUCUCAGUUUCAACAGCAAGAGCUGGAAAUCUAACAAACAAUACCACGAUGGCCAGUGGCAUUACUUGACUGUAACCAGAAGAGCUGGAAGGAUUGAGCUGCUUAUUGAUGAUGAAGAUAAGGGUCAGGAGCAGAGUGGCGGCACAUCCGUACCUGACACAGCUGGCUCCAUGUUCCUGGGAAGAGAGAAGUUCAAAGGCUGCAUUUCCAACCUCUACACAAGACGGCCAGACAAUCUGUACAAGGCUGAGGACUUAAGCUCCUUCAAGGCUUCUGGAGACGUCCUCCUUGAUACGUGUACUUCUGACAGUCCUGCUCAACUGAUGCUGGACCGCAUUUCUAAGAAGGACGGUGUGAUGCAGGCGACAAAUCAGAGUGUAUCAGCGUGUACACUGCCGGCCCUGGUUCAACAUGCUUAUCGCAUGGGGGGCCCUGUGAGCAGCCUGAGCUACAGUCUUCCACUUCAGGUCCUGCAGCCCAGACCCCACUUUUCACUGGAUGUCAGGACUCGAUCUCCCGAAGGUCUGCUGUUCUUUGCUGCUACCAGAGGAGGGCGCUCUCAUCUUGCUCUAUACAUGUCCAAGGGCAGGAUCAGACUGUCUGUAGGCAAACAGAAGGAGAUCUUCAACCGGGAGAAGUACAAUGAUGGAAAGUGGCACUCGGUCAUAUUCAGUUUGGAGAAGAAGAAAUUCCGAUUGGUUGUAGAUGGGAUCAGAGCCCAGGAUGGUCAGCUGACCAAUACUGAGUUGACAUCCAUGCAGCAGUUCAUGUCCCCUGUGUAUCUGGGCAGUGCCCCCGAAUCCCUUCACAAACAGUUAAAGUCAAAGGCCCUUCCGAAACAAAGCGUGUCUGGCUGUAUCCGCAAUUUUAAAAUGAAUGGAGCACCAAUGUCAAAUCCAACCACAAACCAUGGUGCUGGCCCCUGCCUCGAGGGACAGACACAAAGAGGGGCUUACUUCUCAGGGAGUGGAGCACAUGUUGUUAUCAAUGACUCCUUUGUUGUGGGCUCCAGCUUUGAGCUGCUGUUUAAUAUUCGUCCACGGAGUCCGACUGGACUCCUGCUACAUGUCGGUGAUUCCAGCAGGAUGCAAUACGGACCCACGAUGGGCCACUAUCUCAGUAUCUACAUGCUCCGGGGAGAGGUGGUGGCACGGGUUAACAAUGGAAAAGGGGAAUACAUGGUGUCAGUGAAGCCAAAAGCUUCUUUGUGUGAUGGAAUGUUUCAUAAAAUUUCAGUGAUCAAGAGGAAAAACGUCGUGCAACUGCAUGUGGACACAGUGGACAAUUACAAGAUUGGUCCACCAUCUUCCACUACCACUUUGACCAAAGACCCCCUGUAUGUGGGUGGCAUUCCUGAGAUGUCAGUGCAACAGACACUCCCCGUCACCUCGUCCUUUGUGGGAUGCAUCCAGGACCUGAGGAUCAACGAUGACUCGGUCUCUUUUGAGAGGCUCUCUACUGUGUUUGGUCCAGUCAACGUCAGAGAGUGCCCAGGUUGAACAAAAGCACCUCGCUGCGUCAUCUUUAAACAAACCUUGGGACCACAUCCACCGCCUACCAUGUGCAAUCUGUUACCAAGACAGAGAAUGUGUUUGUAUGUAAGAAUGUACAGUAUAUAUUAUGAGGAGUGUGUUUAAGCAUGAGUGUGUGUGUGUGUGUGUGUGUGUGUAAGUCUGUGAAUGUGUGUGUGUUUGUAUGUGUGUGUAAAAUAGAGAUAUGAGCAGCAGCUUACAGUUUCAUAAUAUUUGCUGCUCUGUUAAACAUUUCUGUAUUUAUUAUGCGAUAAAAUCAUGUAAUGUGGCACCAAUUUGCGAAUGCAUAUUAUAACAGUUGUUUUACAGUCUGAUGUGUUGGUCCAUUAAUUCUCUGUCGACAAUCAAAUGCUACUGAACAUGCUUGUCGGGGCUGCAGUCUGAGCAAACCAGCACUUUAAGAAAAAAACUAAUGAUACCUUUUGUGAUGGUGCUUUACUGGAGAUCAUCAUUAUUAAUUGAUGUUUACAUGCCCGCAUGUAGAAUUCCGCAUCUUAACCGGUUUAAUAGAAAUGGCGUCUUCACACAGGCCGUGAACUCACAUGGUUUUUCCCGUAUUGUAUUACUGUGUUUCCGAAUUCAUUUUCCAUUUUGCAUUCCUUUUGCAUGCACGAGGACGCUCUGAGUGGCAGUUAACGUCAGUUGCAUCCGAAAACAGCAUCUACUGAAUUUUGUGGAGCAUUGUCUUUAAGUUGAAAAAAUCCAACAUACUGUAGAUGCCAUGAGCAUAAACCUCACAAUCCUGGUCAGUCAUGUUUGGGACCAUUUAGUGCAUAUUGCUAUAAAGAUGAAAGUAAUAUAACCAAAAAAAAAUCUCUGCUUACCUGCUUUGUACAUUUACACCAAAAUUUCUGAUACCAGGAAAAAUAUGCAUGAUAAUUGGACAUAUUUGUACAUGCAAUCGUGUGAUGUGACCACUGAUUUGUAAACCAUUCUGUAAUGUGUCCAAGUAAUGUGCCGUAAGUAGGUCUGGAAAAGUAUCUUUUGACUUGUGAUCAUGGUGAUAACUAGCAUUAUUUCAUGUACUGACACAUGAUUUUUUGAGAAAUCUGGGAUUAAUUGUUGAAUUGUACUGAGCAGCAUGUGUAUACUUUUGAU